AUGGAGAAGAGGUUUUUGUGUCUGGCUUUUGAGUUAUUUGAAUUGCAUGUACAUCUGUUUUUGUGUCUCCAGAGAGGAACCAUACAUGGAUGGGGGCGAGGGGGGGGGGGGCAUCAGGGACCCAUAAAGGCCCUAAGAAGUAACAUCAAUAGGAAUGAUGCAAAUUUGAACUGGAACUACCAGACUCUGUUACCGCCACUGAACUGGAUCCAGUCAUCAUCCGUCAAUGAAAGCCUCCAAAGGUUUCAUCGCAAUCCCACCUGUCCACAUCCGGGCCAGCCGCAAUCACCUGAAGAAGAGCUGGAGGAGCGGGACCUGUUGGAGUCCAUCGAUUGGCCCCAGCCGCCUCCCGGUUCCGAACCGCCCAGCUGGUCUCAGACGAGCGACCCGGCCCACAGUCUGUUUACAAUCGUCCCGUCCAAAAACGGACAGGGCUGGUACGUGGGUGACCAGCUGGAGGUGCUGGUCCACCUGCACGACUUCGAGGGCCGACCCAAGCGCUACGGCGGCGACUUGCUGUUGGCUCGAUUGCGCAACGCAAAAUACAAGGCGGGCGUGGCCGGCCAGGUGCUGGACCACGAGAACGGACUUUAUUCCGCUCGAUUCCCGCUUCUGUGGGAGGGCUCGGCUCAGGUCGGGCUCACGCUGGUCCACUCGAGCGAGGCCGUCGCCGUUCUUCGGCGGCUGAGGGAGAAACGCCCCGAUCGGGUGUACUUCUCGAGCGUGUUUCGCCGAGGUAAUCGCUCUGAGAAGACGGAGUGCAACGUGUGCCUGCCGCAGGACAAGGGGCCGCUGUGCAACUUCACGGACCCUCGCUCCGGCGAUCCGUGGUACUGCUACAAGCCCAAAGGUCUCAGCUGCGACACCAGAAUCGACCACACAAUCGGCGGCUACCUGAAAAACCUCAUCACCAAAAAGGAAUCUUUGCUUUUUAAAAGCGACGUGAACCUCAAAGUUCCCAUUCACGCUUCCACAACAGACACCGUCAACGUGCUGCCUGCGAGAAACGAAAGCGGCAGUCGAGAUCCAGGUCCCGUGAGGCUGGGGACGUCCGGGUACUACUACCAGGACUCGUGGAGACCGUUCGGCGGCGUCGCCGUCCGGCGAUUUGACAAGCCGUCUGCCAUCAUUAAGUGUUUGACCGACAAGUUGGUCUACAUGUACGGCGAUUCCACGUUGCGCCAGUGGUUCGAGUAUCUCCUCAGUGCGGUUCCAGAGCUGAAAGAAUUCAAUUUGCAGAGUCCCAAAAAGGUGGGGCCCUUAAUGGCGGUGGACAGCACCCACAACAUUCUGCUGGAGUACCGCUUCCACGGCCCGCCCACCCGCAUCCAGCCCGUCGCGGUCGGCAAGUUGCGCUACAUCGCCAACGAGCUGGACGGCCUCGCCGGCGGUCCCGACACGGUGGUGGCGCUGGGCGUCUGGGCUCACUUCAGCACUUUCCCCGUGGAGGUGUACAUACGCCGCCUGCGGCACAUCCGCGGGGCGGUGGCGCGGCUCCUGGAUCGGGCGCCCGAGACGACGGUGGUGGUCCGAACGGCCAACCCGCAGGCCCUGACGCAGGACUUCAUCCUGUUUAAGAGCGACUGGUUUUCGCUGCAGCUGGACGCGGUGCUGCGUGCCAUGUUCGAGGGUCUCGACGUUGUGCUGGUGGACGCCUGGCAGAUGUGCGCGGCGCACCCGUACCAGCCGCAUGACCUGCAUCCUCCUCGGACAAUUGUCAAGAACAUGGUAGACGUGAUGUUGUCCUACGUUUGUCGUGACGGGAUGAGGAAGACUGUAGGAUUUCCAUAAAUUGCACCAGGUUGAAGGUAUGAAACGAAAAAACAUUUCAAUCAAAUAAAUGCUAUUUUUACAUUAAUAAUCAGAAUGUAGCGUAAAACUUUAGCAUCAAUGUUUUCUUGGAUAGAAUUCUGACCAUUCUCUCAAUAGUGCCACUCUCGUUUUGGAAAAAAAAAAGACUUUUUGUUCUUUUUCAAUGUGGUCUUGAUACAGUUCUGAAUGAGAUCCUAAUCAGACUGUCAUGAGCAAGAGAGGGCGUGGCCAGGCCACUGGUCUGGGCGGUGGCACCUGUCACCGCUCACAGCUGUUUCACAUUCGGACUGUAAUUGGACGAGCAUUUAAGUUGGAGUUUUUGUCACUGGUGUUUGCCAGUUCGUUGCCUUGCGUUAGUGAGUUGCAUUCACUGCCUGUGGGGAUUCUGUGGUUCUACACGUAAGUUAGAGUAACCCUGGUCACAGCGAUUCUGUGCCCUUUUGUUUGAUCAGUUAGUUUGCUUCAGAGUCAUCGAACCCUAGCCCACCUAGCCUAGCAUUUCUGUGCCUCUGCCUUGUCGGACUGCUCCACCAUGUAUGACCCAGUUUCCGGAAUAAACCACAUUGAACAUUA